CGCUGUCAUUUAUUUCCCAGGCUGCUAACUCCAGCAAGGAUUAGAGACGAGACCAGAUCUAAGUGUCCACGGAAGCUGCGGCCCUCAGGAUGGCAAUGAGCAUUGGGGUGACCCUUCUCCUAAUAUCUGCUGUCACUUUUCUGAUUUACUUUAUUAAAUUUUGGAAAAAGAACAAUCCGAGAAAUCUUCCUCCAGGACCCCGGCCACUGCCACUGCUCGGGAAUCUUCUGCAGAUCAACCUCACAGAAAUGCACCAAGAUUUUGUUAAGCUCAGUAAGAAAUACGGCCCGGUGUACAUGAUGCAGUUUGUUCGUACCCCUUCAGUCAUAUUAGUCGGAUAUGAGACUGUUAAGGAAGCUCUUGUUGACUGUGGGGAUAUAUUCAAUGACAGAGGAAAAGUUGAUAACCUCUCUGUAUUGUUUGGAGACUACGGAAUUGUUAUGAGCAAUGGGGAAAGGUGGAAAGAAAUGCGACGAUUCUCUUUGAUGACAUUGAGAAAUCUUGGAAUGGGCAAAAGGAGUGUUGAAAUGAGGAUUCAAGAAGAGGCCCAGUGUCUUCGAGAAAGAAUUAUGCAAAACCAUGAUAAGUCAUUUAACCCGACAUACAUUCUUGGACUGGCCAUUUCCAAUGUUAUAUGCUCCAUUGUGUUUGGGGAGAGAUUUGACUAUGAGGAUAAGACAUUCCUGAACCUUUUAGAUUACAACAGAGAAAUCUUCAUGCGACUGAAUUCCCUGUCUGGUCAGCUUCUUGGUAUGUUCCCAAGUUUGAUGGAAUGCCUUCCUGGGCCACACCAGAAAAUCUUUUCAAAUAAUGUAAAAUUAAGAAAGUUUGUGAAGGAAAUGAUAAAUUCACACCAAGAAACACUUGAUGAGAACUGCCCACGGGACCUCAUUGACUGCUUCCUCUUGAAAAUGGAAGAGGAAAAAAAUAAUCCAGAAACUGAGUUCCGUGAGAAGAACUUACUGGGAAUGGUAAUUGAUUUAUUUUUUGCGGGGACAGAGUCUACAACCAUGACAUUGAGAUAUAGCUUGCUAAUACUUCUCAAAUACCCGGAGGUACAAGAAAAGAUUCAUGAAGAGAUUGACCAUGUAGUUGGUCAAAACAGAUCCCCGUCAGUAGAAGACAGGGCUAAAAUGCCAUAUACAGAUGCUGUUAUCCAUGAAAUUCAGCGAUUUUCAGAUAUUUUCCCUAUAGGACUGCCCCGUGCAGCAAGGCAAGACACAACUCUAAGCGGAUUUCACAUUCCCAAGGGAAUGCUGGUGGUUCCUAUUCUAACAUCGGUUCUGAAGGACCCAAAUUAUUUCAAGAACCCAGAACAGUUUGAUCCUGGGCACUUUCUUGAUGAGAAUGGUGGUUUUAAGAAAAGUGAAGCCUUCAUGGUUUUUUCUGCAGGCAAACGUAUGUGUAUGGGCAUGAGUCUAGCCCGCAUGGAAAUCUUCCUCUUCCUGACAACUUUACUGCAAAAGUUCACUUUGAAGCCCACAGUGGACAGAAAGCUACUAGACAUCAGACCAGAACCCAACACCAAUGGUUCUCAACCUCAUAACUAUGAGAUGUUUGCUGUCCCUCGCUGAGUGCCCAUCACAUGCUACUGUUGGACAACAUAUAGGACACACAUAAUUCAUUUAUAAGUACCUGGUUAUUGAGACUGAAUUAGAAGUGUAAUGUAGAUAAAAAUGUAGAUAAAAUAUAAUGAACAGAAAUGUGAAGAUAUGUUGUAAAACAUGUUUGGUUACACAUAUCAAGACUGUCUCAAAGAAACUCUCCUUACUGCCCAUAGAAAACAGAGUUCCUCUUCCAUUAUUCCAGUGAAGGAGCAAAAGUCCAACUUUUGGCUGCCCAUCACACCCAAAUCACCCGUCAACUUUUCUGCAAGGCUGAUGGCUGGGGUCUGCCACUUAACUUAAGGUCUAUCGAUGGUAAUGUUCCCUCUAAGAAUUCAUAGCUAUUUAACAGGGCAGUUAGGGACCCAGGUGCUGCUCCCUGACGGGGAACACAAAACCAAAUUAAAUAAAGACUUUGCUGAUUUAAUAAAAAUAAUAAUAAUAAUGCAGCAGGCUGGAAGAUUGAUGCAAAAAUCACAUCUUCUUUUGUUUAUAACACACAGGAUAAAACCACUGUAUCAUGAGAUGCUUUUGUGUUUUAAGUGUAGACUCUUGAUCGCAAUAGGCUGACGCCAUGUUAAAUAAAUAAAUAGUUCCCUCCCACUUUGGGGCCAGUCAUUGUACAGCGACAUGUAAAAGAUACAUGUAUAUGUAGAAAUAUUUAUCUUUCUUGGAAUAUGUAAAAACAAACACACCUUCAGUAGUGAUAUAUCAGAUCCUUUCUAUCAUUCAAACCUGCAGGAUGGCGUGUACACAUUUAACUCAAUGUUAUAGUAUCAUAGAACCCAAUGACAUCAUGGGAUAAUAGCAAGUCCAUGAGGAACAUCCAAUUUCCAAAUUAUG